AUGAUACUUGGGGAAAUAACUAAACAUAACAAGGGGAAGGCACCUCAAGCCCUUCAUGAGGGUUAUGGUGAUAAUCAUCAGAGUUCUUAUAGUUUCAAUGCCACUCCUAAGCAUGUGCAUGGUUCCACUAGUGCUCUCAAAUCUGCAAGUGAUGCACGUGAUGGAGCAGUUGCUGUUCUCCCACAAUCGACAAUAAUUGAUAAAGCUGAAAAUAAAGCUCUAAGGAAACUUCGAAGUUUUAAGCAAUUUGACACGGUCAAUGAUACUUCAGACCAUUACUUUAUCGAGAAAUCCCCCAAAAUGCAGAAUCCAAAGAGUUGGCUAAAAAAAUCUAGAAAGAGUGGAAGAUUUUGGAGAAGCAUUUGCUGGAUACAAUAUUUGUGUGAGUCUACGAAUCAAGGAUGGAUCUCAUGA